AGAAAUAAACAAAGAAUUUAUUUUUCAAUUUUUAAAAUUAAUUGCAUUGAAAUGAUCGCAGCUUUCAUAAAAUAUUCCAGCGAUUGUUAAUGGGAAGGGCAUACUUUCAAAUGGAUUUGACAAUCAGAUAGAUUGUGAUUCUCGUACGAUAAUAAAUCAGUGCUUCUUAACUAGGGAUAUCGACCCCCCGAGGAAUGAAAAUGGAUUUGGGGAACGGGAAAUAGUUCUAGAAGCGGAAAAAAAUAAUGGAAAUCCACACCAGUCAGGAAAAUCAGAAGAAAUAUAAUGGGCACACAUAAAUAAAUACUUAAUUAUAAUUUAUUCUCGAUAUUUAAUUAAAUAUAAAGUAUGAAAUCUUUCAAAUUUUGUUACGGGGUGGCGAUUAGAAAAAUUAUUUCUUCAUUUGGACAGUGGCGCAUUAUCCUGUGGACAAAAAAAAGCAACUGACUUAGUCCUCCACCAAAAGGGUACCUCAAACCAAUCUUAAUAAAGUAUUUCCCUAAAAAAUUCCUCCGAAGAAGAAUCCUGAAGUUAACUCUAUACAUUGGGGGGCUCCUGAUUCAAAUUCGCCUGGGCCCCAUGAAGUUAUAAAGCACCACUUCUUUGGAAGGCUAUUUUUAAGGAAAACUCGAGAUACAGUAAAACCUGUUUAAACGAGAAAAAAUUCUUCGAAACGGAGCGAUUUUUUAAUGUUAAAAAAAUAUCCCUCUUCUUCCGUUACCGUGCGAUUCCGGUUUAGGCAGGUUUUACUGUAUAUUGGAAUAGACGAAAAUGUAUUUUAAGAAUUAAAUGAAUGGAAGUUACAAUAAAGAUUAACAACUACUUGUUUAAACUUCCAAACUUUUAUUAGUAGCUUUCAUCCCCGCCUUCAGGCAUGAAGUUAAAUCGUUCCAAAGACUGUGGCUUUAGAUUGCCAGAGGAUCGGUCGAACCCGCGACUUAUACCUAAUCCUCCUUUCUCUAUCUAACUCAUUGUCUUAAAGAAUAGAAUAAUUGUUACUAGGUUUGUUCCUCUGUAAGCAGUUUCAUUGAAUGGAAUAUCAGUCGAUUUUUAAGUCGUGUAAUCCACUUUUAUGGUAAUUUCUGAAAUCUGAAAAUUACGUCUUCGUUAUUGGAACCGGUUUACACGUUUUGCACGGUUUUCAUAGGUUUAUUCCAAUCAUAAACGAUGUAAAUUGCAGCGAAACCUGUCCGAGACGGAACCCGAAUAUAAAGGAAACCUGCAUAAACUGAACGGAGCUAUUUUUUGUGUUAAAAAAAGCCUGUUAAACUGGAAAAAACAUUCUGUACAGUAUCGCGAGAUUCCGGUUUACACAGGUUUUACCGUAUUACGUAAAUAGUCUUUUUUAAUAUGAGUUUUAAUUUUUAAAUAAUGUUUAUAUUGAACUUAUGCGUAAAAACAAUGGCGCACUACCCAAUAGAUGUACAAGGCUUGCCCCUAGGGCCUCCUCGCCUCGAGGGGCCUCAAAGAUUAUACAGCAAAAAUAUGCCUGUAAAAAUUUAAGGAACGUUUAAAAAUUGUACAUCCCUCACACCAGCAAGAACGGUAAAAUCAUCAAUUUGUGAAUUAUAUCAUUGUCUUUUUUAAUGUGAAAAGACCGCUUACAUAAAGGGCCUUUAACAAAAUUGCGCCUAGGACCUCAAAGGUACUGUACUUAAUCCGUUAUUACGUAAGAAUAUUAGCAAAUAGAAUUUAUAAAUAUUUUAACAAGUUUUAUUUAUUUAUUUUUGAGAUAAAAAUAUCGAAAGCAAAAUAUAACACGUUUAACCAUUUAAACCAUGGUAAAACAAUUUAAAUCCUCCCCUUCUCUAAUUGUUCUAUCCGUUAACAGAUGGCGUUGCACACGUCUUGACAUAUGGUAUUUACAGAAGAGUGGAAGGUAGAAAGAGGAAUUAAAAAUUGAUAUUUUCAUUCGGUUCUUUUGAAGAAAUUAUCGUUUAAAUUUUCUAUGAUUCGAGCCAAAUGUUGCACUGUAUUUUACCAGUUUAAUUUCUAAAUAUGACGUGUUGAAAUAAAUAAAGACUGAGCAUGCUCUUAGAGCAAAGAGUGUCUUCACUGCAAGGGACAACUGACGCAUUCUUUAAUUUUUCCACAGGUAAAUUUGUUUGUUUGUUUUUUCUUCUGCAGAAAAUCUUUUUCAGUUUUGCUGCUAGAAAGGUUUUUUUUUUUCUUCUUCUCUAAUCGUAGUGUCUGCAGAAACCUCGUGUCUUACACUCGAUCACAAUAAAAUCACACACGAAAUCACUAUAAAACUACGUCACACCACAGGAAAGAUUGUAGGAUAUAUAUAUAUUUUUUUCCGCGUUAUCCAUAAAUUUCGCAGCAGAAUCGACAUGAAAUGCAAAUUUCGUACGUGUUUCGGGGAUGAAAUUAUGCAGAAAAACCUCAAAGAUCACCUACGUUAUGACGUAGUUUGAUAGUGAUUUCUUCAACACAUUACAGGGAUGAUUUUCGUCGUCUCCUAGCAACCCGGGGGCGCGGUUACUUAAUUCCCCUCGGCGAUUGGUUAGGUUGGUUCUGGCAGCCAAGUCUCCCGCCACUGGCUACCGAGGAGUCGAACGGCGAGAGGAGGAAGUGACGUCACGGGAGAUGGGAAAUCGUGCCUCGUACUGUUUCCCACCUAGACGGUGCAGGCCCGUUUCCAGUCACGAGACAAAAAUGUCAUCGUGGUUACCUCCAAUCGAAUCGUGGGAUUCUGGAGGAUCGAGUCUUCCAUACGGUUGGGAAGCAGCUAUUGAUAAAGAAGGAAAAACUUAUUUUAUCAACCACAUCAACAGGACGACGACAUAUGAAGAUCCCCACAAAGACACAGAUGAUGAACCGCCACAGCCGAGGGACGUAGAAUUGAUACGCGAUCCACAUGUAGGAUUCGGUUUUGUCGCAGGUAGUGAAAAGCCAGUUAUUGUUAGAUUUGUGACCGAAGGUGGACCAAGUGAAAAUAAACUCUUGCCAGGUGAUCAGAUUAUGAAAAUUAAUGGAGAAGAUGUUUUAAAAUCGCCUCGUGAACAUGUAAUUGAAUUAGUCAGAUCCUGCAAACAUUCUGUACUAUUAACUGUGUGCCAACCAUAUGCAAAUAAUUCUACUCGUAAAUCAGCUUUGCUUACAGCAGCAAAGAAAGCCAAAUUAAAAAAUAAUCCCUCUCGAGUUCGUUUUGCCGAAGGAGUCGUGAUCAACGGUUCACCCCUAUAUUCUCCGUCCCCACUCGAUUCUUGUAUACCAGUAAUACCAAAUGUUUUGAAAGUUUUUCUUGAAAAUGGACAAACAAAAUCCUUUAAAUAUGAUAGCACAACUACUGUCCAGGAUGUACUGUCUUCAUUACAAGAAAAAUUAUCUACCAAAUGCUCUGAUCAUUUCAGUUUGGUAGUAGAACAUAUUAAAGCAUCCAGAAGAAAUAAACUUGCACUUUUAGAUCCAAAGGAUACACUUUCAAAGAUUGCAGCCCGACCGGGUGCUCAUCAUUUAAGAUGUCUUUUUCGGGUAACGUUCGUUCCUAAAGAUGCUUACGAUCUCUUGCAAAAAGAUCCGGGUGCUUUUGAGUAUCUUUAUGUUCAGUGUUGUAAUGAUGUUGUACAAGAAAGAUUUGCCCCCGAACUCAAGUAUGAUGUUGCUUUGAGGCUCUCAGCACUCCAUAUCCAACAGCAUGCACUCAGCAGUGGAUUUCAGGGAAAACUAACAAUUAAAGCAAUUGAAAGAGAAUGUGGAUUAGAUCGAUUUGUUCCGUUUUCAUUACUCGAAACUAUGAAAAGAAAAGAAUUGAGAAAACUUCUUAGUCACUUCCUCAAACAAAAUCAGUCACUUUGUGCUCCUGGACAAAAACAACUUACAGCUCUUCAAGCAAAACUCCAUUAUUUGAAAAUUAUCAGUGAAUUGCCAAGUUAUGGUGCAAAAUGUUUUUCGACAAGUCUAAAGGAUUCUUCAAGUGAUACUGCUCUGUUAAUUAGUCCAAAAUACGGUAUUAGUCAAAUAGCAUAUCUCAGGGGCAACAUGCCUUAUACAUUAGUACAAAUUGAAGAUAUGUCAUCAGUUCAGGUAACAAAGGAAGAUGAAAUGUCAUACUGUAUUGAGAUAUUCAUGAAAGAUCCAGAAGCAGAGAAUCUUUGUUUCAGCCUUGAGGAUAAAGAAGUUGAGGAAUUAAUUCUUAUGUUAAAGGGAUAUUACAGGCUUCUUACAGGUAGAGAAUUAUCUGUCGAAAGAGAAGCCGAAGAUUCUUGGAGAACCGAGACAGUGCCGUGUUAUCACAAUCGACAUACCGUUAGAGAGGCCCCUUGGAGUUAUCCGUCGGUUCAAGACUCUCCGCCUAAGUUACAUUCGGUCGAUUUAACGGUGCCGCCACCUCCGUACAUGUCAUCUGAACAACAAGAACGCCAACUCUCUCGCAAUAAUUCUAGGGAUCAAUGCAUUAUCAGUUCUAGCUCGGUUGAUCAUAAUAUGAAUGAGACACAAUGUAUUUCAAGACCAGAAAUGAAUAAUACAUCCAUUUUGCUCAGUAAGAAUUCCUAUGAUUCUAGUAAACAAAGUGAUAAAAUAGAUUCCGGAACAAAAUUAGACGUAUUGGAUACGGAGACCGAUUACAGAAAUUUAGCAACUCUAGAUUCGUUAGAGGAUACAAACGAUGACAUCGAUCUCAAUUUGUUUGAAGCUAAAAACGACGAAGUCAUCAGACGUAUAUCCGAAAUGAAUAAAAUUGUUAAUGAUGCCGAAAUAUAUUUAUCUGAUGACAAAGACGAAUUAAAAGAUUCGGAGGAGUUAGAAAGCGAACGACGUGAAGAAAUCGAAAACGUCGAAGUACAGUCUCAAUUGAAAGCUGCCGAUUCUCUUCUGCUUUUAACCCAGAUAGAUGACGACUCUAUACAGACUGGAAUAAAUAUUUCUGAAGUAAGAAAUAUGGUUGAAAAUGAAGAAAUAUCUCCAUCGGAAAGUGACGCAGAAAGCACUUCUAACGACAGUCCCUUACAUCAUUCUACUCCGUUGAGAAAUUCUAUCGAGGCACAUUCCCAUUCUAGGAGACGAGGUUCCAGUUUUGGACUUCACAGCCCAGAUUUGCUUCCUGGUAUAGAUACAACAAAUCAUCAUAUUAUAGAUAUGUUACGCCAGUUACAAUCCUGCAACGAUCUCCAAUUACCAUUUGCCGAAGGAACAUUGUACUUAGAUCCGGACAUAAUCGAUUUAACUAUGAUUCCGCCGCCGAUUACUCCCGACUCCGGCCUGGACGGCGUUCCAUACCAUUUGGAUCAUCCACCCACUCCAUUCCUGGACAGUAAUUCAUUGAAGGAGAAAUUGGACAGGCUAACAAAAAUAGGAAUAUUAAGUAAUUUCACUGUUAAAGAAGAAUCUCCUAUUUAUGAAACAUUAACCUCAAAAUUAGAUUCCGAGACGUCAACAGAAGAAGCCAAAGUUAAACCAAUGAUAGAUUCUGCUAGAGUAGUUGCCGAAUUAGAUCACUUGUGCGAUACACUGUCAGAAAUGCAAGCUAACUCCAUAGCGGAAUCAAUAUCUUCAAUAACCAGUACAUCCAUACAAGCAAUACCGUCGAAUGAUGCCGACAGUCUUCCAGAAUUAUCUCAUUCGACAGAAGCAAUACCGGUGUCGUCCGUGUUGUGUCUGAAUCAGGACGAUGACAUCGACACUUUCAUCGCUAGUGUUACGGUACCGCCACCUCCGACCGAUAGUUCUGGCGAGCCCAUUUCCUACGACGAACAUCAAGACGAUAUUUCGGCAUACAUUAUACCGCCGCCUCCAUCCUCCAGCCCCAGUACCGAAGAACAGAACGAAGUUUUGGCAAGAUUCCGACAGGCCGCCGACGAUAUUCGCAGAAUGAUCGACAACACGGACGGAAAAAAUUGCAAGAACGGUCAUUGUUGCGGAGAACUUAAAUCCGAAGACGAUCUUCAAGAGAACCCUCGUGAUAUAUCUCAGUUUUACGUGGGAAUUCAGGAUAACUGGACUCGAGAAUUAAAAUAUUCGGAUAAAAUAUGCAAUUUUGAUCACAAUCUUCCAGUAAUUAAUCCAGAUUACUUAUCGAGUGAAACAUUAAAUGCAAUAAGUGAUAGUGAAACUCGUGGUGGCGAUUCCUCAGGGUAUAAUACGUUGACCUCUUCUUUAACAUCGUACGGAGAAACUGUUUUACAGGACGAUAUCGAAAAAUGUUUACACGAUUUCGAUAGCGAAUUAAACAGAUACGUUAACGUCGACUUUUCCGGAAUAUCCGGUACGGAAACAAACAGCUCAAGCAUUCGGUUAACGGACAAAACCGUUCAUCAGUUCAGUGUAUAUAGCAGUACAUCAUCUCCCGUUUUAAACUCGAAGCAGAGUUGGAAGAGUUCAAACGGAAAUUGUGUUUGUAACAACGACCAUCAAAUCACUAAGUCAUCAGUCAGUUCUGUUUCGUCCGAAGACAACAAACCUCAAGUACCGCCGAGAACUAAAAGGAUAGUUAACAAUCACGCAGUGGACGAAGAUCAGACAGAAAAGCGAAGUUCGGACGACAUUAAAGUCAAUCCGCAGACCCCGCAAUCAGUAUUAAUAUCACGAUCCAUGUCAUGGAAUAGCAUAUCAGAUUCAAAGGCUCACAUUACUCAACUUCCCAAUCAGCAUAACGAACUUUCAGGAAUAUUGAAACCACCUUUACCGCCAACAUCUCCCCUAUUGCAGAGUCGAUUUAGAAGGUCUCUGACUAAAGAUAAUCACGGUUCUGCCAGCGGAUCAAAGAAGUUAUCUGAAUCCUCCAAUGUCGGAGGAAGACUGACGACAAUGAAUUAUAAUCUACGAAGACAUAGUCCCGGAGUCAGUCCCAACAAUUCGCCCAGACUUACGAGGAGUUAUCAGAGAAUGAGUACGGGAAAACUGUCUUCUGCAAAAAUUACUCCCAAACUCAUCAAUGGACUUAGUAAUAAUUCUUUAAAAAUAUACAAAAGCGUGGACGGCGACAUGACCUACACCUUUCUCAGACAGGAAAUACAUCAGCACAAAAGGGAAUACGGCGAGAAAAAGUUCAACCAUAACGAUCGCAUUCUGGAGGUGAAAAGUAAUUGUCGAGAAAAAAAUCAUCUGUUGCUAAGCGAGGCUUACAACAGGAAGACGUCGAACGACAAUUUAAAAUCUUGCACGGACGAAUCUUUCCAAAAAGUACAUAACGAAAUAUCGGUUAUGUUUACUCAGUUACAAAACCUAAAACAAUACAUGAACCAUCAUCAGACGGAAGUAGACAUGGAUAAGUUCAUAACUGCCAAAGAUACAUUAAUCGCCGAAUCUAGACAGUUUGUUACGGCUUCGAAAUUUUUCGUCAAGAGUGCCAUGGAAUCGUCGGACGGGCUGAUAGAAAACAUGGUGUCUUGUAUUUCUUUGAUGAAUCGCAUUUUUAACAUCAGCGAGUCGGUGCUAAGUCAUAUGACGUCGACCGUACAAAUGUCGGCACUUCUAGACAGAUUAAAAGGAGUGGCGCUAGCGUAUUCUCAAAUGGUCAUAGCCGCUCAACACACCAUAGGAAGAGGGAUUACUAAUCCGCAGAUGGGCACGCUGAUGCACCAGGCGACGUCGUUGGCCACCGCCCUGACGUCCCUGAUGAGAACACUCAGAUCGCUCUCGGCCGUAUGACCUACCCAAACAAUUCGCUAAAGUGCUCCCAGUUACUGCCUAUAAGAACUUCAAAUUUUGUGGUGCCGUAUUGAAUGUGGAAAAUUAUUGUAACUUUCAAGACCAAAAUGUAAAGUCAUUGAUAGUUAUUUAUCAAACAAUCGUUAACAAGUUUUUUGUAAUUUAAUUAUGCAUCGUAAGAUUCUACAAAUAUCUUUAAAAAGUAAUCUACAAUAUUAAUAGUAUUUUAAGUUCUCUUAUCUUUUUUUUUUUAUAUACCGAGCAUCAGAUAUUUGAGACACCAAAGAAUCUUAUAACUCGUAUCUUCAGAUUUUUGUUUCAAAUGUUAACUCAUACUUUAAUCUAACAACAAUAGUUAUUCAUUUCUAAAACAAAAGAAUUUAUUAUUAUAUAUAUUAUCAGAUAAUGAAUUGUAUUAAUUAAAAUGAUUUACAUUACACCAGCAAAGGAAUAUUUUUAAAAAGAUUCUAAACAUUAAUUUCGAUUCUUUAAAUGGUAAGAUCCGAAAGAAAAGAUUAUAUUCUAGGGUUUUUACAUUAAAAUAGCUAAUCGAUAAUAUAUAUUUCCUAUAGUUUAAUAAUGUUCAAAAUUCCAUAUAUAUAAUUUUCUAAUUUGGUUAAUAACUCAAUUCCUGUAAAAAUAUAUAAUUUUCAGGGUUAGAAGUUCUCGUAAUUCAUUACAAUAUGUAGUUUUAAUAAGAACGAAAGUCUUAAAAAAGUUACAUUCGGACCAAUUAUUUAUAUAGAUUUAAUUAGAUUUUUUUAAUUGCACCUCCACGCAGUUACUACCGGAAUUUUCUUCUUCGUAACUUAUUUAAAUUAUAAAGCAAAUUUUAGUUAGAAUCUCUCUGGUAUGGAAACAAUAUUAACCGAAUGCAUCCUUCUUUUUCUGUUCUGUUUUUAAUUAUUUUGAUAUCUCUGUGUAUGCAAAUAAUUAUAUUGCAUUUGAAGAUUUGAUAUGGAAAAUUUAACUUAUGUGCCUAUGUUUUUUAUUUAAAUAAAUGUUAAAUAUUUCAUCUUUGAAGGCAGCAUUUAUUUAGGAUUUUUUAAAUAUGUAAAAAACUGCAAUGAUUGUAGACAUUAGUUUAUCUAUCGUAUGCUGUAAAUAAAUGUAUCAGAAGAAUGAUGAAAUUAAACAAGAUGUAUUUAUUAUUAAGAUAUUCGGUAUGUAUAUGUAUAUAUAAAUAUAUCAUUUUGUACCUCCUGCAAAUUAUGACAGUUAUUUACCGAUAUAAAGUAAGGCUAUUUGCGUAUUUCUGGAAAUAUAGGUAAGUCUAUCAAGCAGAUAUAUUCUAUAUGUCAUUUCUUUUCUUUGUUUUUUUUUAAUAAUUUCCGAAUAAAAUAUUAUUAAUUUAAAUUGCAAAGUACU